AUGAAGAGGCAUGGAAUGAGCCAUACGGCCUGUAGCGUCCUCCUGCUCGUCGCCUUCGUCCUGGUCAUCUCCCUCCGGUGCUCCCUGCGCCACUCCGCUCUCGGAGUACAGUCUCUCCUUGCCGCCGCCGCGCCACACAAUGCAGAGAAGGACGCGGGGCUCGUGGAGCUCGCCGCGGUCGACCCGGCAGCGACGGCAGUGAUCCAGGCCGCCGAGAAGCUGCUCGAGGGCAACCUGUCGCGAUCGCCGAAGGUGCACCGCGACGUCGCGCUCCGCGGGCUGCGAGACUGGCUCGGGCGGCAGCGGUUCGACCCCGGCGUCAUGUCCGAGCUCGUAGACCUGAUCAAGCGCCCCAUCGACCGGUACGGAGGCCGGGACGUGGACGGCCCGAAGAAAUACGCGUCGUGCGCCGUGGUGGGCAACAGCGGCAUCCUUCUGGCGGCGGAGCACGGCGGCCUCAUCGACGGGCACGAGCUCGUGGUCCGGAUCAACAACGCGCCGGCGGGCGACGCGCGGUACGCGCGCCACGUGGGCGCGAAGACGGGGCUGGCGUUCGUCAACAGCAACGUGCUGGGCCGGUGGUGCGCCGCCGGCAGAGCCAGCUGCAACUGCCGCGCCUACGGGGACGCCGUGCCCAUCCUGACGUACAUGUGCAGCGGCGCGCACUUCGUGGAGCACGCGGCGUGCAGCGCGUCCUCCGUCUCCUCCUCCUCCUCCCCCGGCGAGGCGCCGCCGGCGCCGGUGAUCGUGACGGACCCGCGGCUGGACGCGCUGUGCGCGCGGAUCGUCAAGUACUACUCGCUGCGGCGGUUCGCGCGGGAGACGGGGCGGCCGGCGGAGGAGUGGGGGCGGGAGCACGAGGAGGGCAUGUUCCACUACUCGUCGGGGAUGCAGGCGGUGGUUGCGGCGGCGGGGGUAUGCGACCGGGUGUCCGUGUUCGGGUUCGGCAAGGACACGGCGGCGCGGCACCACUACCACACGCUGCAGAAGGGCGAGCUGGACCUGCACGACUACGAGGCGGAGUACGAGUUCUACCGGGACCUCGAGGUCCGGCCGGAGGAGAUCCCGCUCCUGCGGGACUCUGGAUUUAGACUGCCGCCGGUGGUGUUCUACCGGUGA